AUCCAGGGAGGCCAGGGCACCCUCUCCUUGACCCGGGAUUACAACCUCCAAGUGGGACAUGGACCAGGCCGGAGCAGCCCCAUCGGGCACCAUUGUGCUGGAGUUUAAAGAAGACACGGCGCUGACUGAGAAGAUGCGUCUUCGUGUGUCAUCUCUGCAACGAUCCGGUCAGAAGCGUCAGGAGGGUGAACGCCUGCUUCUUCCUCACGAGGCUGUCUACCGGCUGGACUUCCACAUCCAGGAGCUGAUCUUCUCCCGCUGGAACGUGUCCCUUGGUGGCCACGGCCGGGUCACCAUCACGGGAAUCUCGCAGCACUGGACCCCGGACCUCACCCACCUCAUGACCCGUCAGCUCCUGGAGCCCAUUGGUACGUUUUGGCGCAACGCAGACGACCCUGAUGAGUCGCGGCUCAAGUGUCUGGAGGCCGACAUGCAGGAGUUUGGCGAGAGGAUUGCUGAGCUGGCCAAGGUCAGGAAGGUCAUGUACUUCCUGUUUGCCUUCAAGGACGGUGCAGAGGCGUCUAAGCUGCGCUGCUCGGUGGCGUUUCAGAGCGAAAAGUGACUGAAGUGAAGCUGUUAGCAUGCUGAAUGAGGAAACGUCAAGUUGAAAGCAUUGUUUAGAUGUGACUUGUGUUAACUGAAGAGCACAAACUAAGUGAAAUAAAGUGAUGGAU